AUGCGCCUGCACGGCCAACGACCAGAUCUGGCCAACUACGCGAGCCGGCCGGUGUCUACGACGAGCAUCUGCACCAGCGGCAACCACGACAUCUACGAGCACACGAACGACUGCACCGACACAACGCCGAGCUCUCCGUCAUACACAUCGCGCUUUUUUUUUGCGCCUUCGGUUAUUUGCGGGUCCAUCCACUUCGACGACGACUACUACCUCGACCACGGCUACAUCAUGAUCGGCUACCUCGACAUCGACAUCAAGGGCUACGACGUCUACAGCGACUCAUCGGCAACAACUCCAGUCAAAGCAUCCGCGUCGUCACUAGCGGUGGUGCCUACUGUCCCCUUCUGGUGCCGUCCCCUGUCUCUCCUCUUUUCACUUGAUGUGUACCUCUUCGAUCGGGGCCACAACGUUGGCCUCCCAACGAUGCGUGCCAUUGCGGUGGGUGUUGCGAGGGGCCUCCGAUACCUCCACAAGGAGUGCCAACAGAAGAUUGUGCACUACGACAUCAAGCCCGGAAACGUGCUCCUCGACGGCAGUCUCACCCCGAAGGUGGCCGAUUUCGGACUCGCACAAGUGUUGAAUCGGGCUGACACGCACAAGACUAUAUCUGGGAUGCGCGGCACCCCAGGGUACGCCGCACCGGAGAUGUGGAUGCAGGCUGGCACCACGGAGAAGUGUGACGUGUAUAGCUUUAGCAUCCUUCUGUUCGAGAUCCUCGCCAGAAGGAGGAACUUCAACGAGGCUGCGCCUGAGAGCCAGCAGUGGUUCCCCAAGCUGGCUUGGACCAAGUACGAGAGCGGUGAGCUUAUGGAGAUCGUGGAGAGUUGUGGGAGCAUCAACGAGAAAGAUAAAGAGACGGCGGAGAGGAUGUGCAAAGUGGCGUUCUGGUGUGUGCAACAACAGCCAGAGGUGAGGCCGCCAAUGGGUGUGGUGGUGAAGAUGCUCGAGGGCGAGAUGGACAUAGCUCAACCGACCAAUCCAUUCCACCAUCUCAUGGCGGUGCCAGUGGCUGCAAACUUCUGGACUAGCAGCGAGAAUAGCCUAAACUUGGCGAAUUCUAUGCUGGCAGCUAGGGUUUCUCAUGGUAGCAACGACGAGAUCAUCUCGGAGCGGUCUACCAAUACUCACCAGUACUAG